CGAAGAACAAUGUCACGUCCCAACUUUGCCAUCGCGCUUUCCUUCCAUCCGUCCCUUCCCCACCUCACCAUCAACACUCCCAUUCCCUUCAAUUCUUCGAAAAUGAUCACAACACUUCACAUACAUCCUCUCUCUUAUUGACCAUCAAUAUGGUUGUCUACCAAAUCCACAGCCCCUUCGCGCGGCCUAUCUUCCCCAUUUCCUUCCCAACCUUCCUCUCCAUCGUCCUCGUUCUGGGCUAUCUCCAAUUCCUCUACGGCAUCUCCUUCAUUCUGCGCCCCGUAUGGCCCUUACGCUACGGCUCCCGACCCUUCAAAAAGCUCAUCCACAAUGCUGAAAAGCAAGUCCUCGAUCUCAUCGUCGGCAUCAUCCCGCCACCCGUCUAUCGCUCACCGGUACCCAGCAGUGCCUUUGCGAAUGAGGAAACCACUUUUCCCCGGUACACGAGCGUGCAUCAUGCCUUGUAUGUAGGCUAUGAUAGUGCUCGUAGCACACUGCCAUGUGUAGUCGAGCUUCCCGAUCCGCCGCAGGCUUAUCCUAGCAUUGGGAGAGGUCGUUCAUCGCACAACUCGCACCGCGAGAAUCAGAUGCCGGACAACAGUGCUAAGCACCUUGGACCUUCGCCACUUGCCGAAGUAAUGCAUGAUCACGCUGGAUUACACCACCAUGGCGCAUUGACGGGUUGUCAAAACAACGCAUUGGCAACCGAGCAAAACCAGCAUCUUGUCUUCGCUCCGUCGACUACGCUCAAAAUGCCACACGACCAGGAUCAGCAGCGGGAACAGGAGCACCCGGUCAUCGAUGUAGUGCAUGGCAUUCACAUUGAUUCCGUCGAAGUCAAUGCCAUCGAAGUCAGUGCCGGCGAAGUCAGUCCCCUCCAAACAACCAAGCCAAAUCUGAGUUCCCGCCCAACCUCAUCCGACGAGCCCAGAAUCUCCCUCAGCGUGGUCCCACCCUCCUCGUCGCACUACACUGAUGAAUCAAUUACCCUCAGUCUGUCCACAAACCGCAACACCAAGUGCCGUUCCACGGAGAGCUACCCGGGCAAGUUCCCCGUUAGCGACGGAUUGGAGUAUAGCUCUCUGGCUACGGCUUUGUCUAAUUUUCGUGAGAAGGGGACUACCCACGUGCGUCCUUUUUCGGAUUAUUAGGGCUUGAUGAUGGAAACGGGGGGUGGACUUGUUUGAUGGAGCCUUGUUUACUGUUUUUGGAGUGUGGG